UUCUUUAUUCGACGGACCGCAUGCUUCCGUCCCCAUUUUCAUAAAGUCAAGGCGCCGCGACAGGAGCACCUAUCCGCAGUUGUCAGUAGCGGUGCGCUAUAGCAGCGAGAGCUCUACAUGCGAAGACGUGGACAUUAAAGUGGACUAUUUCUUCUUCUGUUUAUUUAUCUUUUUCUACCCACUGAAAGCUUGAUUUUUAAUUGCACAUUUUGCAUUACGAACUGAUUUUUAAACUCAAAAAUGGAGAAUCAAGAAAGCGAGUAUCUCCCGGAGCUUCUCGCGGAGAAGGACCGUAUGGAUGUCUCGUUUACGCACGCUAUGAAACUUUUAUCUACAGAAAUCGAGAGAGUCCAGAAAGGUGAGCCCAAGAAGGAAGGAGGAGACUCGUAUCUGGACCUUUUCACCGUCAAGAAUAUCAAACUGAAGGAACGCGUGCUCAUACCCGUCAAACAGUAUCCGAGGUUCAACUUUGUGGGGAAGAUUCUUGGCCCUCAGGGCAACACAAUCAAACGCCUUCAGGAAGAGACUGGGGCCAAAAUCUCUGUACUUGGCAAAGGCUCCAUGAGGGACAAAGCCAAGGAGGAGGGUCUGAGGAAAGGUGGCGAGGCCAAGUACGCUCACCUGUCUAUGGAGCUGCAUGUCUUCAUCGAGGUGUUUGCCCCCGUGCCCGAGGCUUACCUACGUAUGGCGCACGCCAUGGAAGAAGUCAAGAAGUUCCUGUUUCCUGAUAUGAUGGAUGACAUCUGUCAGGAACAGUUCAUGGAGAUGGGUUAUUUGAACGGGGGCCAGGAGCACGGGCCAGGGGUCCCACGAGGCAGAGGAGGACCACCGGGCCCAAGGAGCCGAGGAGGGCCUCCGGGACAACCAGGGGCACCCAGGGGUAGGGGUAUUCCCCAACGUGGAGGUACCACCAGGGGAGGUCCAGCCAGAGGCGGGGUAGCGAGGGGGGCACCAGCAGGAAGAGGAACCCCUGCCAGAGGGGCAACAGCGCCACGAGCCAGACUCACUGCCCCUGGUGGGCCUCCAAGAACCCUUCCUCCCCCCCACCAACACGCUACAGCACCGGAACAAUAUGAGGAAUAUGCCUAUGAUGAGAGCUACACUGAGCCAGCGUACGAGUCAUACGACAGUUACUACAGUCAGCCACAGGCAGAGCCAGAGUACUACGACUACGGACACGGAGAGGUACAGGAAGCAUACGAACCCUAUGCCCAGGACGACUGGAACGGGACUCAGAGAGCGGCACCGGGGGGUAAGGCCCCCACUGCCAGAGCGGCUAAGGGCCCUUACCGAGAACACCCCUAUAGACAAUACUGAACUCGUCACCGUGCCAACGCCUAGCGACCAACGCUACCACCGUUAACGCGUUGCCCCGACAACCAACCAUCAACCUGUCUACCACGGCAGCUCUUGCUCUAAGCAACCCUCGACAAAAGUAAUUGUCCGUUUUUGGUUUUGGUUUGGAAUUUUCUACACUGGACUUUUAUGAGCCGAAUAUCAGGAUCAUAACUGAUCGAAGCCUAUUUGAUAUUUAAUUCAGACCGCUUUUUAAAUUUUUUUUUGGAUGGGGGGGGAUUUGACGUUUGAGUUUUCUGUUUCUCUCUGACCCUGUUUCUCUCUGACCCUGUCUCCAUCUGACCCUGUCUCCCUCUGACCCUGUCUCCCUCUGACCCUGUCUCCCUCUGACCCUGUCUCCCUCUGACCCCGUCUCCCUCUGACCCCGUCUCCCUCUGACCCCGUCUCCCUCUGACCCCGUCUCCCUCUGACCCCGUCUCCCUCUGACCCCGUCUCCCUCUGACCCCGUCUCCCUCUGACCCCGUCUCCCUCUGACCCCGUCUCCCUCUGACCCCGUCUCCCUCUUGGCUUUUCUUUUGAGCUGUUGAUCUUGUUUACGGGUUUGUUAUUUUGAAUGUUUGGAUUUAAACUUCUAGUGGAGUUAGACGACUUGUUGUUGUCGACCUUUUAAAGGGACAUUUCAAAAGGCUCUACUUCGUAUUCAUCAUCUCCAGUUCAACAUCAACAUAUGUGAACAUGGUACGUUUCUACAUUUUUGUAAGUUAAAAAAAAAUAAAACUGUUUCCGAUGACGACGUCGGUGUGCAACUAAUUGGUUGGAAACUGUUAUCAUCUUAUUUUCACAAGUAUUGAUGAUGAUGGUGGUCCUUCUGUGGCUCAGUUGGUAGAGCAUGGCGCUUGUAACGCCAGGGUAGUGGGUUCGAUUCCCGGGACCACCCAUACGUAGAAUGUAUGCACACAUGACUGUAAGUCGCUUUGGAUAAAAGCGUCAGCUAAAUGGCAUAUAUUAUUAUUAUAUUGGUUCUGGAGAUGAUGAAUAUGAAGUAGAACCAUUCAUUAUUUUGUUUAAAACUAUUCCUUUGAGGGACAGUUGCAGAUUCCCAUUUAGGCUACAUUUUCAAAGAUUUAUUUUUUAUUUUUUUAAAUAUAGGAAAGUAAAAGAAACGUAAACACUUAUGUAAUAUAGACCAAACAUAAAACGCCAAGGAAACAGGAAAAACAAACAAAUGUUAAUGGAAUUUGAUUUAGUAAUCCAAUUUGUUUUAAAUAGUUUUUAAUUAAAAGUUGGAAAUGUAGACUUUUUUUACAUAAUGAAAUUUUCUCAUUGUACAUUUAGAGUUUUGAAAUAUAGGCCUGAUUAUCCCCUGUUGAGAUGGACUGUCCUCACAUACUACUUUUUUUUUUGUUUUUUUGAUUAAAGUUGAUUCAACAAUAAAUUCAUUUUUAUUAUGUCUCUACAGUCAGUCAAUGUCUUUUUUUUAAUUUUUAUAAGUAUAAUAUGGCCUUAAGUCGGCCUCAUGUCAUGAUAAAUAAUAUCACGUGUCAGUACAGGAUCUUAUUGGUUGAAUCUGAUUCUAUUAAACUGCAUGUAAAAACGAUGCAGUGAAGGAUUGGGACAAAAAAUCUCCACAUGACGAGAGAUCCUGCAGCUUUUCAAUCUGAGCUCUUGUACAUACUUUAAAUCGUCCAAAUUGCACAUCCUCUAUUCUGCCACUGGUAUAUGCAUUAAAAUGCAUUAUGCUUAAUGUGUAAGGCUUGCCUAAAUAGGUAACUACUAAAUCUGUCCAAACAAUGUUUUUGCAGCAAUUUGUCAAUAAAGACUAGUUUGUUUUUCUAUGAAACUUCC